AGGUUUAUUACAUUAGCUCGGUUAGUUAGCUAGCCGCUGAAAACCUUGACUGUGUACGCUGUAUUUUACACUUUUCUUCUUAAAAGCCCUGAGAGGACACUGCGCCUUUCUGUUGUAAUUGUUGUCUACUAACGGCUGUACGAAGAGGAUAAUCGCCGGAGCUCGUGUUUGCACGGAUCCCAAUGAUGAGUUAUGCUGAAAAGCCAGAAGACAUCACAAAAGAAGAGUGGAUGGACAAAUUGAACAAUGUUCACAUACAGAGGGCGGACAUGAAUCGGCUCAUUAUGAAUUACCUGGUGACAGAGGGUUUCAAAGAAGCUGCAGAGAAGUUUCGGAUGGAGUCUGGGAUCGAGCCGAGUGUGGACCUGGACUCUCUGGAUGAAAGGAUAAAGAUUAGGGAGAUGAUCCUGAAGGGACAGAUACAGGAAGCUAUUGCACUCAUCAACAGCCUACACCCGGAGCUGCUCGACACCAAUCGAUACUUGUAUUUUCAUCUGCAGCAGCAACAUUUGAUUGAGUUAAUCAGGCUAAGGGAGACUGAGUCAGCGCUGGAGUUUGCCCAGACACAGUUGGCGGAGCAGGGUGAGGAGAGCCGCGAGUGUUUGACAGAGAUGGAGAGAACAUUAGCCCUUCUGGCCUUCGACAACCCAGAAGAGUCGCCCUUUGGGGACCUGCUCAACAUGAUGCAGCGGCAAAAGGUGUGGAGUGAGGUGAACCAAGCUGUGCUAGACUAUGAAAACAGGGAGUCGACGCCCAAACUGGCUAAACUCCUGAAGUUACUGCUGUGGGCACAGAAUGAGUUGGACCAGAAGAAGGUGAAAUAUCCCAAAAUGACUGACCUUAGCUCGGGCACCAUCGAGGACCCCAAGUGAACAUAAGAGACAAGAACAAUCACCUUCCACGUCCCCUUAAUUUAUGAUCAGUCAGUGACUGUGUGACAACCAGGUAACAUAUAUGUAUAAACAAAUGCUACAUUGUUUUUUUUUUUGUUUCAUUCAUGAGAGAUAAAACUUAACUCUUUGUGCAAACUGUAAAUUGCUGUAUUUGCAAAUUGACGGAAAUUAUAUAAGUACUGUUCCUGGAUUUUUAGAUCUUGGGGACGUCAUAAUUAAAAUUGCUGUUUUAUAUUUUGUCUUUCUAAAGCCUAAGCCGGUAGUAUUAUUUAUUGUAACUAUUCCCUCCACCAAGACUACAUUUUGCCAGAUAGAGAGUGAGAGAGAUGAUGGUAUAAAUGUACAAGUUAAAUACGGUGGCAUGUGUGGAGCCAAAAUCUAGGCUUCCUAGAGCGGGAGGCGGGGUUAAACUUCACACGAUUGACGACACAAUGCAAGAGUCUAGAUAGUUUAAAAUCAGAAAUGAGUUCAAAAUUAACAUUUCGUACACAAAAUGUCAGUAUUUUUCAAUUUAAAUGGAAAGAUAUGCUAAUUAAUGUAAUAUAGUUUUAAUUAAUAUAAUAUUUUAUGAUUUCUUUUACAAUAUGUCUAUAGGAUGAACUGCCUUGCAAAGCGAUAAUGUCAUGCGUGUGUUGAGAGGGGUA